AUGUUCACGCGCAAAUCCAUCACCAUCGCCCUAUGUGCGGCUUUCAGUCUGCUUCUUCUUCUGGCCACCUCGAGGCGUCUUGGCGGCUGGACUGCCAUUGACGACCCUCUCUACCAGUCUGGUGGCCAUGGUCACCACCCUCCCCCACCGCCGGGACACAAUGGUCCUGGCCCCAGGCCACAUCCCUCCGAGAACCCAGACUGCGCCGGUUACCCGAUUCCCGACAACAUUCUGGUUAUCAUGAAGACGGGCGCGUCGGAAUCCUUCAACCGCGUGCCCACUCAACUUAUGACGGUGCUCAAAUGUGUACCCGACUUCCUCAUCUUUAGCGACAUGGAACAGAAGAUUGGUGGAUACCCGGUGUACGACAGCUUGUCCAACGUGUCAGCCGAGGCCAUGGAGGGGAACUCGGACUUUGACCUGUACCGUCGCCAAAAGGCGUGCCCUGUUGAUGUCGAGGGCUGCAACAAGCAGGGCAACCCCGCGACCGAAGGCUGGAAUCUCGACAAGUAUAAAAAUGUCCACAUGGCGGAGCAGACGUAUAAGAUGCGCCCAGGCUACGACUGGUACGUCUUUGUAGACGCCGACACAUAUGUCCUGUGGCCCAACCUGGUACACUGGCUAGGCAAACUGAACCCGAACAAGAAGCACUACCUUGGCAGUGUCACCUUGAUCCAGGGCUUCAGAUUCGGUCAUGGCGGGUCGGGCUAUAUCGUCAGCAAGGCGUCGAUGAAGGCGCUCGUCGACGAGAAUCCGGGCGUGGGACAAAAGUACGACUUGCGCGCAAAGCGUGAAUGCUGCGGAGACUACGUUUUUGCCUUGGCGCUCAAAGAUAACGCUGAUGUCUCUGUCGAACAAAUGUGGCCGACCAUCAACGGCGAGAAGCCCGCAACGCUUCCGUUUGGUCCCUGGCAUUGGUGCCACCCAAUCGUGACGAUGCACCACAUGAAUAGCGAAGAGAUCAACACGUUUUGGGAGUUCGAGCGCCGCUUCCGCAGAGAGCAAAUUGCAUCCGGAAAGCCGCGACCCCUUCUCAUCAAGGACAUCUAUCACGAAUAUCUCGAACCCAAGCUCAAGCGCGAGCAGCUUGACUGGGAUAACAAGUCCGACGACCGUUUCUAUGUCGACAUUUCCGCAAAACAAUGGGACGAGGGCACCCUCCAUCGCAUGAAGCCGGCGAACGAAUACAACGAGCUCGAAAAGGUCGCCCACCGAUCAGCCUCCGACUGCGAAGCGGCGUGCAAGAGCUUGCCUCCCGAUGACUGCGUGCAAUACAAGUACGAGGAUGGAAAGUGUGCCAUGCAUAGGUCCUUCAUUCUGGGCAAGCCGGUACCGAAGAAAGAAGGGGCCAAGCAAAGCAUCAGUGGUUGGGAUGUUGAAAAGAUCAAGGAGUGGACCGAAAGGGAGAAGGUCUGCGACAAGAUCCAGUGGCCGAACCUCUCUAGCUAA